AUGGAUCCGAUGGUGCGAAGCCGUCGGAACCCAGCCUCCGCGGGCGAUCAUGAGGCUACGGCAGCCCGCCUCGAACAGGAUUUCCAGACAGCCUUGGGUCAAGAAGAACGUAACAUUGCUGCUGUGGGUGUACCUGCGGUGGCACAUCGCGGGGAAGCUUCGCCAGGAACCUUAGAGUCUGGUGUGAGACCGGACCUGGAUCGUGGGCCGAGCCUCCCUGUGGCACAUCCGUUUCAUAGUGGCAGAGUUAAGGAAGAGGUUUCUUUGCAGAGGCAGAGGCCUCUGACUCUUGACGAGGACCAAGCAAGGGUGGCGGCCAGUGUGGGUCGAGCGUCAGCUGAGAAUGAGUUGAAGAUGGAAUCAGUUGAACCAGACUAUGCGCGUGUGUUUGGAUCUGGAGGAGAGGCUGCGUCCAUGGAACAUGGACCGAGGGUGGCCCGUGUGGAAGCUGCAGAUAUCACUUGGGCUCCCCAUCAGGGGUCGUCAACUGGGCCGAUGGGUUUGGUUUCGGUUGGGGCAGAUGCCCCUACUGAGCAGAAGGUCCCGGAGGAAGGCGGAACGAAGACUGAACCUGUGGCCCUUGAAGGGGGGCUGUUGGGUGAAGAGGAGCUACUUCCGGACCGAAGCUCACCUCAGAACUUUGAGGCCAUUUUGGUGCAAAUGAUGGAGGAGAACAGGGCUUUAAAGAGGCGGCUGGAACAAGCCGAGCUGAGGUCGCACUCUUCGUGGCACAGUGGUGUUGCAGGAGAGGGUGGCGCUGUGGUGCUGGAAGUGAGCUUAGAAGGCCGGAUAUGGCCUCCAUGUCUUGUCGGUCAAAGUAAGAUGGGAUCCGAGGCACCAUUUAUGCCGAGUAAUGAGGAAAGGGUGCCAGUGAGGGGUUUGGGACCUUCGGUUGCUGACUUAGGAGGGAUGGAGAGGAUAUCCUCUCUCACCGGGUGGUACUGUAAUUCGACCUCCACCUGGCCCUCCACCGGCUUCACCGCGGGCGCCGCCUGGGAUGACUGCAGGAUAGGAGGGUUGAAUCCGUCUGGAAAAGGGGACAAGGGGUGGUGGGCUGAUAAGCUAGUGCAGUCAGCUAAGCAAGGGCAGGAAAUUGCCGAGCGGCAGUUGUGCUUCGACCCGGUGGACGAUGAGGACUAUGCUCCUUCUGAACCUCCGGAGCAAGCCGAGCCAGGUUUGGUUCCGGUGGAUGGCCUUGAGGUAGGAAAGUUCCCGGUGUCCUUUUGGCCUUUGGCAGCUUUACACGCUACCGAGCGCAAUUGGCAUGAGUUGUCCGAAUAUUUGGGUAGAAGCCCGGGUAUGGGUCUCAUUGGAAAACUCGGACUGUUGCUGGAAGCUACCUUGGAUUGGCGCCGGAUACACCUGGAGGUCACCUUCUUUGGGCCGCGAAGGGAGUACCUGGAAUUCGGAGAGCUAUUGGAUCCGGGCAAGGUCAAGUUGGAGGAGGCUAGGAAGGAAUGGUUGGAGAAGGUGUUGAUUGAGGGUCAAGCGGAGCAUAAUGGUAAGGAGGAGCGGAUCAUAGUGAAGCCCCCAGGGUUUCUAGUUGAACUAGGAAUUCUGAAUGCGAAUCAUCGGUGGUGGAUUCGCAAGGCUUUGUAUGGACUGCCCACCUCACCCCGUGAUUGGGGUCGUUACCGCGAUGGUGAGUUCCGGAAAUUCAAGAUUGAGUACGAAGGGGGAAUCUAUCAGCUGUUCCAGGCGAAGUCCGAUGAUGCCUUAUGGCUGGUGCGAAGGGUUGCAGCUGACUAUCAGGGCGAGGUUGCCGGGAUACUCGUUGUCUAUGUUGAUGAUUUGGCCUUCUUUGCUGAAGCUGGCCUGGCGAAGCAGUUCAUUGCUACCGUGCGUACUUUGUGGAAAACUUCAGACCCGGAGUGGCUGGGGGAGUCACCAGUGACUUUCUGUGGAGUUGAGUUGACCAAAACUCCGCUUGGAUAUCGACUGGCCCAAGGCGCGUACAUAAGGGAAUUGCUUCAAAGGUACAACAUUCAGGAAGAUGCCGGAGUGCCGCUGGUGAAGUGGACGGAGCCCGAGGCGACGGGUGAGGCAACCGGAGAUCUGAUUCGG